CCAGCCCAGCCUAGCUGGCCCGCCGCGAGGGUGGAGGAAGCACCUCCGCCACCGCCCGAUGGGAGAGCGCGGCGUCGGCUUCGACCGCAACCAGGAGGCGACGUGCUUCGUGGGCGACCUCGACAGCCAGGUCGACGAGUCGCUCCUCUGGGAGCUGUGCGUGCAGUGCGGGCCGGUGGUCGAUGUGCACAUCCCGAAGGACAAGCUGACGCAGCAGCACAUGGGGUUCGGCUUCGUCGAGUUCAAGGGGCAGGCGGACGCGGAGUACGCCAUCAAGGUGCUGAACAUGAUCAAGCUCUUUGGCAAGCCGAUCCGGCUGAACCCCGCCUCAAAGGACACCGCCGAGACGGCGGACGUCGGCGCAAACAUAUUUGUGGGGAACCUGGACGCGGAGGUGGACGAGAAGCUGCUGUACGACACCUUCUCCGCCUUCGGCCUGAUCGUCACCACCCCCAAGAUCAUGCGCGACCCCGAGACGGGCAACUCGCGCGGCUUUGGCUUCGUCUCGUUUGACUCGUUCGAGGCGUCCGACGCCGCCAUCGAGGCGAUGAAUGGACAGUUCCUGUGCAACCGGCCAAUCUCGUGCACAUAUGCUAUCAAGAAGGACUCGAAGGGCGAGCGCCACGGGUCCGCCGGGGAGCGACUCCUCGCCGCAAACAACCCGAACCGCCGCUCCGUCUCCGCGCGGCCAAACCAGUUCUUUGCGGCCGGGGACGCCUCGCUGCCCGGGUUGGGCGCAGGGCUGCCGCCGCCACCGCCGCCUCCGGGCAUGCCACCUCCUCCGCCAGGGAUGCCGCCGCCGCCCGGGAUGCCGCCGCCGCCAGGCAUGCCGCCGCCGCCGGGCAUGCCGCCGCCGCCAGGGAUGCCGCCGCCGCCAGGCAUGCCGCCGCCACCGGGCAUGCCGCCGCCACCGGGGAUGCCGCCGCCGCCGGGCAUGCCGCCGCCACCGGGCAUGCCGCCGCCACCGGGGGUGCGCUCCUCCCGCCUCGCCCCGCCUCCUCCCGCCUCGCCCCGCCCCCCCCUGCCCCGCCCGCCCGGCCCGCCGCCCGACGACGUCCCUCCGCCGCCGCCGCCGCCUGCCGACGACGACCCGCCGCCGCCGCCGCCGCCGUCCGACGACGCGCCGCCCCCCCCUCCGGGCGGUCCCCCGCCGGGACCUCCGCCCGGCAUGCCGCCGCCGGGCAUGCCUCCGCCCCCCUUCCCGAUGCCGGGCUUCCCGCCCCCGCACAUGAUGGGGAUGCGGCCGGGCAUGAUGCCGCCGGGCAUGAUGCCGCCGGGGAUGCCGCCACCCGGGAUGCCCGGCAUGCCGCCGCCGGGCAUGCCGCCCCCCUUCCCGAUGCCGGGCUUCCCGCCCCCGCGACCGCCCGCAGGGAUGAUGCCGCCGCCCGGCGCGCCACCCCCAGGCGCCCCGCCGCCGCCCGGCGCUCCUCCACCGCCUCCGCCGGCGUAGCGAGGCGACCCGUCUCACGACUGGCAACGGUCUCGCGCCUGCGGGCACGCAAGGCAAGGUGUGGGCGACGGCGCGCGGCUUGCGGGUGGGGCGAUCGUCGCAGCUCGU